AUGCAGCCAAUAGCACAAUCCAACCGAAACACGCAAAGCAAAAUGCGUUGGACACCUGAAAACAUGAGCAUCCUCUGGGAGACUUUUUUCGAGAGCCACAAUCUCACCAUCGACGUCGACAAAAUGGCAGCUAUCUGGCCUAACCCAAUAACUCUCGUAGCCGACGGCGAAGAAAAGCCGACUGCCCGCGCCAUUAAGGAGCGCCUCGAGAAAUUCCGCCGAAACCUCAAGAAUGGCGGUAUCACCUUCAGCAUGGGCACCAAGCGCGCAAGCAACCAGGAUUCGCCGGCGAAAGCAACACCGAAGAAGAAGCGCGUCACAAAGAAGAUGAAGGAUGAGGCCAAGGUCAAAGCGGAAGAGGACGAGACACUUCACGAUAGUGGGGAUGAAGACAUCGCAGCCAAGGACGGCACCACCAUCGUCAAGGAGGAAGACGGGGACGAGGCGAUGCAGGAGCCUGGUGCUUCGGCAAAUGACGUGCUUUAGGCGAGCAACGGAAUUAUUUUCCGGGCUUGAAAUUUCUGGCUUGGAGUUCGGUUUUCACGAUGCGAUAAGAUACGUUGAAUGCUUUGAGGGGG